GUGAAAUUUGUAUAUGCAUGUGUGUGUUUCAAUGAUAAAUAUUGGCAGUUGAGAGUUCGUUAUUGUUGGUUUUGAUUUGUCUUUCUAAAUGAGUGUAAAAUUUAAAAUAGGCAAUGAUGGAUGACAUUUACGUCCCACCGGUUUCAACCGCUGAAACGGGUUCCGCUGCUCCGCCGGGGUCAACUGCGCCACUGGCAUCUCCAGCUGUACUUUUCAGUCCAGCAUCCUACAAUUUGCCACAAUUUAAGUUCAGACACCUUCCUACCUCAGAAGUGAGCAAUGCGUGGAUUCAGUGGAUUCGCUGGUUUGAAAAUAUCAUGAUUGCGAGUGGUAUUUCUAACAGCGAUGCUCGGAAAGCUCAAAUGCUGGCCAUGGGAGGCAUUGAGCUUCAAGGAGUAUUCUACGGUUUGCCAGGAGCGGAAGAGUGGGGCUCGAAUGCGUAUGGAGCGGCAAAGCAGAAACUGACUGAUCAUUUCUCACCCAAACAACAUGACUCGUUCGAAAGAUUCCAGUUCUGGUCGAUGAAAAUGGAGAAUGAUGAGCCGAUCGAGAAGUUUCUGCUACGAGUUCAACAGAAAGCUGAAAAGUGCGUGUUCGGAAAAACUGAGCUUGAAUGUCGCCAGUAUGCGAUCGUCGACAAAAUCAUCCAAAAUGCUCCAGAAGAUCUCCGUCGAAAGCUGCUUGAAAAAGAUGCCUUGACGUUGGACACCACAGUCAAGAUCGUAAACGCGCAUCAGGCAGUUAAAUACCAAGCAGCUCAAAUGAAACCGAUGGCAAAUCAGCAGGUAGAGGUUCACCGUAUGGUGGUCAAGGACAAAGGACCGAAGAAUGCGGACUCAAGCGACACGGGUGGUUGCAGCCGGUGUGGUUACCCGUCGCAUCGGUCCGGGCAGAGAUGUCCGGCUCUCGAUCAGAAAUGCAGAGGAUGUCACCAAUUUGGUCAUUUCUGGGUCAUGUGCAGUCAUCGUAAACGGAAGUCGAACUUUAAUCAAGUGGAUCGGAAGUACAACAACCAGAAACGAUACCGGACUGUACGAAACAUUGCUACUGAACCGAGCCAUGAGACUGAAGAAUAUCCAGUCAACUUGAUUCACGACGACGAUAAGGACGAAUACAUUACGUGUCGCGUGGGAGGAGUGGAAAUUCCAAUGUUGAUUGAUUCCGGUUCUACUCACAACUUGAUUGAUGACGCUACCUGGGAAAUGAUGAAACUGGAGGAUGUAACGGUGCAUUCCGAACGUUUCGAUAACUCGAAGCGGUUCCUAGCGUACGGAAGAGUACCAUUGGAACUACUGACCGUGUUUGACGCCAUUCUUGAAAUCCAGGAUGGUCCGGAUCGUAUUCAAGCUGGAGCUACAUUCUACGUGAUCAAGGGAGGUCAGCAAGCACUGCUUGGAAAAAUAACUGCUCAACGAUUGGGUCUGCUGCGAAUCGGACUUCCAAGCACUAUCAAAGAGGAUGUGAACCAGGUCAAGGCGGCGAAACAGUUCGCUAAGAUCAAAGACUACAAGCUGACGUUGCCCAUCAACCGAGAUAUACCACCUGUAAUUCAACCACUUCGACGGUGCCCAAUUGCUCUUCAGAGCCAAGUCAAGGCGAAACUGGAUGAAUUACUGGAAAUGGACAUAAUAGAGCGAGUGGACAGUCCAACUUCGUGGGUAUCUCCGCUGGUGCCAAUAAUGAAGGACAACGGGGAAUUGCGCCUUUGCGUUGACAUGAGGCGGGCCAAUCAAGCAAUACAACGUUUGAAUCAUCCACUUCCGGUUUUUGAAGAUAUGCUGCCAAGGUUCAGCGGAGCAAAGCACUUCACAACGUUGGAUAUAAAGCAAGCAUUCCAUCAAGUUGAGCUUGCGGAGGACAGCAGGGACAUUACUACAUUUGUGACCAAUUGGGGGUUGUAUCGGUACAAAAGGUUGUCUUUUGGAAUCAAUUGUGCUCCGGAGUUUUACCAAUUCUUGAUGGAAAGCAUCCUAUCGAGUUGUCCUCAAACUGCAGUAUUCAUUGACGAUAUUAUCAUCUGGGGAGUCACACAACAAGAUCAUGAUCGAGCAGUUAAGAAAGUUCUGAAGGUAUUGAACGAGCGAAACAUUUUGCUUAACAUGCAGAAAUGUAAAUUCAAUCAGUUGGAAGUUUCGUUUCUGGGUCACAAGUUGUCAGGAAAGGGCGUUCUUCCGACGGACGAUAAAGUGAAGUCGUUAUUGCAGUGCCGGCCGCCCAGGUCGAAAGAAGAGUUACGCAGUUUUCUCGGUCUCGCUACGUAUGUCUCUCGUUUCAUUCCGGACCUGGCUUCUACAAAUCAUCCUUUGCGAGAAUUGAUCAAGACUUCGGUGAAUUUCCGCUGGGAGAAGAUUCAUCAGGAUUCAUUCGAGGAAUUGAAGAAACGUAUGGCAUCGAUGCAACAUCUCGCUUUCUUUGACCCAAAGGAUCGUACUUUGCUGGUGACUGAUGCUUCUGGUGUGGGCUUAGGAGCUGUUUUGAUUCAAUUCAAGAAUGGAGUUCCUCGGGUGAUUAGUUAUGCAUCGAAGAGCUUAACGGAUACUGAGAAGCAUUAUCCUCCCAUUGAGAAAGAAACGCUAGCAAUUGUUUGGGGAGUUGAACGAUUCCAGAUGUACCUUCUUGGAGUAUCUUUCACGGUCGAGACAGAUCAUCGUCCGUUGGAAACACUGUUCACAGCAAAGUCGCGGCCAACAGCUCGGAUUGAAAAGUGGCUGCUGAGACUUCUAGCUUUCCGAUUCACUGUCAUCUAUAGAAAAGGUUCAUCAAACAUCGCUGAUCCAAUUUCACGAUUAGCUGCUCAAGGGUACGACGAUAAUUGGACUGAGGAAACGGAAGUGUUCAUUCGACGCGUGAUGGUGGAAUCUUUGGCUGCAUUAGUGGACGAGCGGAUAGCUGAGGAUUUCAACAAUGACACAGAUUUGCACAUAAGAACGGUGCAAGAAGCAGCAGCAAUCGACAUUUCCGAGGUGGUGGACGCUACAGACAAAGAUACAGAGCUACAGUUCGUGAAGGAGGCGAUCAUGAAUGGGGAUUGGUCGAAGGACGUUUUGAGACCGUACUCGGCGUUUCGUAGUGAGUUGUCCUACGUCAACGAGCUGAUUAUUCGUGGGUCCAAACUUGUUAUCCCAGCUGUAUUACGUGCAAGAAUGUUAAGUUUGGCACAUGAGGGACAUCCGGGACAAACGUGUAUGAAAAGGCGGCUCAGGGACCGAUGUUGGUGGCCCAACAUGGAUAAGCCCAUGGAGCGGAGACCACUACCGGAGAAGCCUUGGUUGGACUUAGCUAUCGAUUUUCUGGGACCGAUGCCAACCGGUGAACACAUUCUGGUGGUGAUUGAUUAUUACAGUCGGUUUGUUGAGUUGGUAGUGAUGAAAAAUAUUACCGCUAAAGACACGAUCAACAGCCUGACCAAGAUUUUCCGUGUUUGGGGUGUACCGAAAACGAUCACGCUCGAUAAUGCCAAACAGUUUGUGUCAUCAGAGUUUAGUGAUUUUUGCAAACUGAAAGGGAUUCAUCUGAAUCAUACUUCUCCAUACUGGCCGCAGGCCAAUGGGGAGGUCGAGCGACAGAAUCGGUCACUUCUCAAACGAUUGAAGAUUGCAAACGCUCUGUACGGUAGCUGGAAAGCGGAAAUGGAUCGUUACCUUGAGAUGUACAAUAACACUCCGCAUUCGUGCCGACACUUCCGGCGAACCCUCGUCGCCAUCUCGAAUGUUCCCCCCGGCACGUCAGUUUCCCCCACCGGAUAUCCAGUUCAAGCGUUCCCCUUUCCAUCCUCUUCCGCCAGUGCCAAAGCGGUGUCGUAUUUGGUCAAGUAA